GGAAAUUGAGGCGGGUUCGGGCUUUGCUCAGCUCUUGGCUCCGGCCCUCUUUGCUUUCCAUAACCAUCCUCCUGCGUUUGUGUAGUGCUUUACUACCUCAGAGUCAUUUGGGAUUUUGCUCCCCGUAGGAGGAGGUGGCUUUAGAAGAUGUCGACCUACAAGCGGGCGACACUGGAUGAUGAAGACCCCCUGGACUCCCUUGGUGACGGUGAUGGAUACCCCAAUGGCUUUCAGGUGAACUUCCGCAGCUCACGGGGCAGCCGGGGAUGCUGGGCCGAGCGGACACGUGCUGAAAAGCAGCUGAUGGUGCUGGUGGCGGUGCUGGCGGUGCUGCUCGUGGCCUGUCUGCUGGGACUCAUCUUCCAGUACAGAGCCAGGCCACCUGCUGUAUGCCUGUCGGAAGCCUGCAUCUCCGUCACCAGCUCCAUCCUCAGCUCGCUGGACCAUGCAGUGAAUCCCUGCGAGGACUUCUUCAGCUACGCCUGCGGGGGCUGGAUCAAGGCCAACCCCCUCCCCGACGGUCACUCACGCUGGGGUACGUUCAACAACCUCUGGGAGCACAACCAGGCCAUCAUGAAGCACCUGCUGGAAAACACCACGGCCAAUGUGUCAAGCGAGGCAGAGCGCAAGGCACAGCGCUAUUACCAAGCCUGCAUGAAUGAGAGCAAGAUCGAGGAGCUGAGUGCCACCCCUCUCAUACAACUCAUCCAAAAGCUGGGUGGCUGGAACAUCACAGGUACCUGUGCCGGUGACAACUUCAACGAGACGCUGCGGGAGGUGACAGCGCAUUAUCGCACCUCGCCCUUCUUUUCCGUCUAUGUCAGCGCCGACUCCAAGAACUCCAACAGCAAUGUCAUCCAGGUGGAUCAGUCGGGGCUGGGCCUGCCAUCGCGGGAUUACUACCUGAACAAGACAGAGAAUGAGAAGGUGCUCGCUGGGUACCUGAACUACAUGGUGCAGCUGGGGAUGUUUCUGGGAGGCAUCGAUGAGGAGUCAACACGGCAGCAGAUGCAGCAGAUCUUGGACUUUGAGACGGCCUUGGCCAACAUCACCAUCCCACAGGAGAAGCACCGGGAUGAGGAGGUUAUCUACCAUAAAAUGACAGCAGGAGACCUAAAGGAGCUGGCACCGGCUGUGGACUGGAUGCCCUUCCUCUCCACGGUCUUCUACCCCGUGGAGCUCAACGAGUCAGAGCCUGUUGUGGUCUAUGCCAAGGAGUACCUGGAGCAGGUCUCUGACCUCAUCCUGGCCACGGAUAAGUGUCUCCUCAACAACUACAUGAUCUGGAACUUGGUGCGGAAAACCAGUCCACUCCUUGACCAGCGCUUCCGGGAUGCUGAGGAAAAAUUCAUGGAAGUGAUGUAUGGGACAAAGAAGAGCUGCCUCCCGCGCUGGAAGUUUUGCAUCAGUGACACGGACAACAACCUGGGCUUCGCCCUGGGGGCUAUGUUUGUCAAGGCCACCUUUGCUGAGGACAGCAAGCAGGUGGCGGAGGAAAUGAUUGCGGAGAUUAAAACUGCCUUCGAGGAAAGCCUGGAGACCCUGCAGUGGAUGGAUGAAGAGACAAGGAAAUCAGCCAAAGAGAAGGUGAGGUGCCUCUGGCUGUGCUGGGGAGAGGGUGAGGGUGGAGGAUGGUGGAACCGGGUGAGCCUGUCCUCCAUCUCUGGCACUGAAAGCACUUUCGUCCUUGUUACUCUCCAGGCAGAUGCCAUCUACAACAUGAUUGGCUAUCCCAAAUUCAUCAUGGACCCCAAGGAGCUGGAUAAAGUCUUUAAUGAUUAUGAGGCCGUGUCCGACCUCUAUUUUGAGAACGUCAUGCAGUUUUACAACUUCUCAGCCAGGGUCACAGCUGACCAGCUCCGGAAACCACCAAACCGGGACCAGUGGAGCAUGACGCCUCCGACAGUCAAUGCGUAUUACUCUCCCACCAAGAAUGAGAUUGUCUUCCCUGCCGGCAUCCUCCAGGCCCCCUUUUACACCCGUGCAUCCCCUAAGUCCCUGAAUUUUGGUGGGAUUGGUGUAGUGGUGGGCCAUGAGUUGACACAUGCCUUCGAUGACCAAGGCCGGGAAUAUGACAAAGAUGGCAACCUGCGUCCCUGGUGGAAGAACUCCUCGGUGGAGGCCUUCAAGCAUCAGACAGCAUGCAUGGUGGAGCAGUACAGCAACUAUACUGUCAAUGGUGAGGCGGUCAAUGGCAAGCACACCCUUGGGGAGAACAUCGCUGACAACGGGGGUCUCAAGGCUGCCUAUCGGGCAUAUCAAAACUGGCUAAAAAAGAAUGGGGAUGAAGAAACACUCCCAACUCUCGGCCUCACCAACUACCAGCUCUUCUUUGUUGGUUUUGCACAGGUGUGGUGCUCAGUUCGCACACCAGAGAGCUCGCAUGAGGGGCUUAUCACCGAUCCCCACAGCCCCUCACGUUUCCGCGUCAUCGGCACCGUCUCCAACUCCCCAGAGUUCGCGGAGCACUUCAGCUGCCCCCCGGGCUCCCCUAUGAACCCCCUCAAGAAGUGUGAAGUCUGGUGAUGGGCGAGUGCCCAAGGGAACCAGCAGCCGGUUGCUUUGUCUUCUGCCAAUAGCUGGGCUUCCCCAGUCCUUUGAGGCUCAAACCACUUCUCCAUGCCACGGAGAGCCCCACUCCUCAGCUGGAGUGGUGGCUGCACCUCUGGCAUUGUCCAAGGUUCAAUCCACUGUGAAAACUCAUCCCCCUGCUUGUUGAUGAAAUGACUUUGGUUUGGGGGUCUCUUCUUUCCCACCAUGACUGGGCCAAGUGUCGCGACACAUGUGUCUGUGGGCACUUCCUGUAUUUACACACACAGCUCUCUAGCCUGACCCACUGCCCAGAAAACCCUUCUGUUUUGGAGGUGAUAAAGGGAACCCCCAACAGCGGCAGGUUUGUCUGUGUGUCUAAAUCCACCUGAUGUACCACCUUCUCUCCAAAGAUACGCACACAAGGGUGGGAAAUAUUUUAAGAUCUAUUUUUUGUGGGGGAGAAAUACAUAUAUUUUUUUCAUGUGUUGUGGAAUACACUGGAAAUUUUCAGGGAAAAUGCAUUUAAAAGCCUUUUUUAAGUAAAGAUUAGUAUAUUUAUUAUUUUUUUUUUUACUUAGUGCAGCUGUAAGUGCAGUACCCUGUGGUGACAGUUGCUUGGCCAGGAAAGCUGGGUAGAGCUGUGGAUAUCUUUCCAGUCUUGGAUCCUGUGUUUCUCUGGGAGGGACUAUCCUCACAGGAUGCUGAUGGGAAAAUUAGGGAUAGCAGGCCUGGGGAUAGGGCUGGAGGAUGCUGCAAGUCACAGAGGUUGUGCCGGGAUGCUGCAGCUCCUGGGAUUAGCUUUAAUUUGAGAGUGUAAAGGGAAAAAUUGACAUAACCAAAGAUGUAACCAAGGUGGUAAUGGGGUGGAUGAAGCAUCCUGUUCGCCCUCCUGUCCCCUCUGAAGCCAGCCUAGCCAGGAUUUCAUGGCCCUAAAGCUUCCCAGACAAGUGCAGGCGGUUCCUGCCGCUGCUUCUUUCAUGCCGAGUCUGCCCUCUGCCUGGGAAACUGCAAGCUCCAGAAGCACGACAUGGCCCCAGAAUUCUGUCUCUCCGCAGCUGGUUUGCCACUGGUGUGAGAAGUGAUCAGGAUGGGGCUGAGGGACUUUUUAAAGGGAUGUUUUUAAUACUUGUUUUGAGGGGAAAGCACUGAUAAGAGCUCACGUGCUGUAUGUUGUCUUCUUGCUGUAGACAAAGCAGAGACAUAGAGGGAUUUUUAAUAUUUAUAUGUAAAGGAAGAGAUGGAAGGGGCUCUUUUUUUGUAACUAUUUUUUCACCAUACGCGUGGGGCUUAUUGUAAUUGAAAUAAUAAAUACUUUUUACUG